AACUCCGAGGCGUCUGUCCGGAGAUGCGCAUUUUCUGCAUGGCGAUGGAUCGCUGAUUUGGCAGUGCACCAAGAGCCGGCAAGGGUCACUCAUGUAAGAAGACGACGAUAUCCUGCAUAUGUCUCAAUUCCAAAAUCUGCCUCGGAGAAUCCUUGAAUGAAUCAACCUUCUGGUCUCUGUCUUGAUAAUACACCAGUUUCAAGAUGUUGAAAUUCUCCCACCUUUACCACUCUCCGGAGAUCAACCCGAUCAGCCGGAAAGCUCGAUCCAUCCCGUUCCUCAACCCCGUCAACGUCUAUGGCCGUGUAUUUUUCUUCUCCUGGUUUGGGUUCAUGGUCGCCUUCUGGGCGUGGUACGCGUUUCCUCCACUCUUGACGCACACUAUCAAGGCUAACCUUCAUCUCACCCCGGCCGAAGUUGCAAACUCGAAUAUUGUGUCCUUGGUGGCGACUCUGUUUAUUCGUGUCCUCGCCGGUCCGCUCUGCGAUAUGUUUGGACCACGACUUGUGUUCGGCGGAUUACUUCUUGUCGGCUCCAUCCCACUUGGCCUCGCACCCCUUGUCCACAACGCAUCCGGACUGUACGUUAGUCGUUUCUUCAUCGGCAUUCUAGGUGGCUCCUUCGUCCCUUGCCAAGUCUGGUCCACCGGUUUCUUCGAUAAGAACGUUGUUGGUACCGCGAAUGCCUUGACGGGUGGAUGGGGAAACGCCGGUGGAGGCAUCACAUACUUCAUCAUGCCCGCCGUCUUCGACUCAUUCGUUGCUCGUGGCUACAACACCGGAACUUCUUGGCGCAUAGCUUUCAUCGUCCCCUUGGUCGUGGUCAUUGUUACUGGUGUUAGUCUUAUCGUUUUCUGUCCCGAUACACCGACGGGCAAGUGGUCUGGGCGACACUUGCACGCUAUCGAGAACCUUCACAGACAUGAAGUCGACAACAGUGGUGUGUUGAUGGACAUCCCCGAUAGCGUUGCGGACAAGGUCAGCUCCCACGGCACCAUACCAUCCUACGAACACGAACAGGAGAAGAAGCCUAAGCCCGAGCACGAGGCCGUUCUCUCGAAAGAUGAGAUGCUCCAGACUGCCAACGGUGAGGUGGUGGCCAAGCCGUCGUUUGGUGAGGCCUUGAAGGUCUUCGUAUGUCCCCAGACCUUCUUCCACAUGGUGACUUAUUUCUGCUCCUUCGGCGCAGAGUUGGCCAUCAACUCGAUUCUCAGCGCCUACUAUGUCAAGAACUUCCCUGCCCUCGGUCAGACCAACGCGUCCACUUGGGCCGCUAUGUUCGGUUUCCUUAACUUCGUUACUCGACCACUCGGGGGCGUCAUCGGCGACAUCGUCUACAGAAUGACCAGCCGCAAUGUCUGGGCCAAGAAGAUCUGGAUCGUUCUCUGCGGCUGCAUCACUGGCGUCAUGCUCAUCAUCAUCGGCAAGGUCAACCCUCAUAGCCAGAGCACCAUGUUCGGCCUGAUCGCCCUCAUGGCCGUUUUCCUCGAGGCUGGCAAUGGCGCUAACUUCGCCCUCGUUCCUCACGUCCACCCGCAUGCCAAUGGCAUCAUUUCCGGCUGCAUCGGUGCCGUCGGAAAUUUAGGCGGUGUCGUCUUCGCCGUUAUCUUCCGAUUUACGGACGCGGGCACGAAUUACGCCAAGGCUUUCUGGAUUAUUGGAAUUAUUCACGUUGCUAUGAACUUGGUUCUCUCCUGGGUUCCUCCGUUGCCCAAGGGCCAGAUUGGCGGUCAUUAGAUCACACGC